AUGUCAUUUUUUGAGUAUAAAGAUAUAAUAGAGGAAGGAGACUUAGUUUUGGCAUUCCUUGGCAGAAAUAAUAUCAAGCCUAUUACCGUAACAAAGGGAUCACAGUUGAAUACCAGAUAUGGUAAUUUCGAGCAUGAUAGAAUGAUUGGGAUGAAGUAUGGUGAACAGAUGCCUGGUGCUAGAGGAGUUGGGUUCAUCCACUUGUUAUACCCUACUCCAGAACUUUGGACUGUUUCUUUACCGCAUAGAACUCAAAUUGUGUAUACAACAGAUUCGUCCUAUAUUAUACAGAGAUUGAAUGUUACUAGUGGAAGUAGAAUCAUUGAGGCAGGAACAGGGUCAGGAUCCUUUUCUCAUUCAUUUGCCAGAACAGUUGGGCUAGAGGGAAGAUUAUUCACAUAUGAGUUUCAUGAACCACGUUACAUAGAGGCCAGAAAAGAGCUCGAAGACCAUGGAUUGUUAGCCAAUACGAUUAUCACACAUCGAGAUGUCUGCAACGAUGGAUUUGAAAUCCAAAACAUACCAGAAGACUUCCAGAAAAAUGGCGGAAUCUGUGGUGAUGUGGUAUUCCUUGAUUUACCAUCUCCUUGGACCGCCAUUCCUAAUUUGAAAAAUGUAAUUUCCCACGAGAGCCGUGUGGGCAUCUGUUGUUUCUCCCCAUGUAUCGAACAAGUCGAGAAAACUGUCAAAGCAUUGGAAGCCGAAGGUUGGACCAAUAUCGAAAUGGUAGAAGUUGCAGGUAGAAGAUGGGAGGCCAGAAAAGAUAUGGUAAAGGACGUCAAGGACGUAGUUAAGAGAUUGAAGGAUAUACAAACUAGAAAACACCAGGGCAUUGAACAUAGAAAAAACAGUAAAAACCACAAUGUGGGCGAUAAAAGAGACAUCAAAGAUGUGGAAACAGCUGAUGACUCCACCCCCGAACCAACCAAAUUCCAAAACUUGGGAAAAGGCUUUAACCCAUUUGGAAAGGGUUUGCGUGUUAGAGAAGGAGAUGAACAAUUCCAAUGGAGAAAUGUCACCAAGAUUGAGACUGAAAUCAAGAGCCAUACUUCAUAUUUGACCUUUGCCUAUAUGAAUCCUAAUGUAAGAUUGAACAACUCUGUAUAA